AUGGCUCUUCUUGAUAUCGAUGCUACAACACCCCAUUCUCUAACAGGCUCCAUUGUCUCCAUCCCUGAGUACAGGAUAAGCACAUGUGGGAAGUUUGCAAAAUAUGUUAUCAAGGUCAGCAUUGAACCUUACUCUUGGACAGUAGAAAGAAGAUACCGUGAUUUUGCUGCAUUUGAUGAACAAAGGUUCAAAGACAGGAACAAAUCGUUUUUGCCCCCGAAGAAGUUUGUUAGGAAUAUGGACCCAGAAUUUCUUUGCGAAAGACGUAUGGAGCUUGAAAAAUAUAUUCAGGCCGUAAUGGAACUUGAGUUGUGGUUGCUUAAAAAACGCCAACAGCAUGCAUUGUCAAAACUCUUAGCGUACUUCCUCGAUUUCCAAGAAUACGUAGGUUUUUUUACCAUUCUAGUAUUCAAGUUUUUGGGUUCCAAAGUUUAG